CACUCGUCCAACUGCUCAGGUCCUUUCGUUCGCUUUUGGAGAUCACAAUCCUUCUUGGCUACGAAGACAUCAGGGUAACGCACGAUAUCGAAUGGACAAACACUCGAUACGAUACCCCGAGCACAUCAACUAGCGUAUCAGACCAUGGACUAUACAAACCCAACAUACUUCGCCGGCGCCGGCGCCCAGCCGCCGUACCACUUUAUCGGUAUUGCUCCCCUCACCCCCUCGCAUUCAAACUCGGCCUCUUCGGACGACUUCAACGCCUCUCCACAGGAAAUCUUCGACCAAUUUCCGAACGGGCUCCCACAUGACCAGUUCCAGAACUUCGAGGCGUUUGCCCAGUUCAACAACCAAUCAACGACCUUUGCCGGGCCCCCGACUCCUCCGACCCAGCAACUUCUUCCGACCACGCAGCCUACGAACGGCACCAUACACCUUCAGCAUCAACAGCAGUCCGCAGCCGACCUCCUACGAUCCCUCAACAAUGCCAAAGGAGACCCCGCCGACGAAGCCCGAGCCCGCAGACAGGGCUCAAACUCGGAUGAAGACGAAAACUUGACACCCGCUCAGUCGAGGCGGAAAGCCCAGAAUCGCGCCGCUCAACGAGCCUUCCGCGAACGCAAAGAACGCCACGUCAAAGAACUCGAGAACCGUCUCCAACAGCUGGAGGAAGAAGCCCAGGUGACAAGGUCAGAGAACGAAAAGCUGAAGCAGGACCUCCAAAAAAUUAGCACCGAGAAUGAGAUAUUGCGGGCGACAUCUUUAGCGGCUGUCGGUGCUGUCGCCGCCGGGUCGCCACUAGGGAGCGCCGGGACGCCGAUGACGACGGGCCCCAUGUCGUACAAGCCGACCGAUUUUUACUCUAAUCUGCUGGAGAACCAUAACGAGAAGACGCCGAGCCACCGGGUGGUCAAGAGCGAGAGCGGGGAGCGCCUGUUGGCAGCCGGUGCGGCUUGGGACCUGAUGCAGAGCCACGAACUUUUCCAGCGCGGGUUGGUCAAUAUUCAGGCUGUCAGUGAGCUUCUGAAGGGCCAGGCGAAGUGUGAUGGCCAGGGUCCGGUGUUCGAGGAGAGGGCCAUUUUGGAGGCGAUCGAACAGUGUGUGGCAAGUGGGAGCGACGAGUUGCUAUGAGGCAGCGGCUCCCGAAUUGCGGUCGAGAAGUACGGGGAUAGGCGCAUCCUAGACGGAGAUACCCCGGCAGAAGCACCGUAUAGAACGACGGAAACACCGGGCAUCUAUCACGCAAAGGAGAAGCGAGACACGAGUAACCACACGAUGGCAGGGGCGAAGAGGAUACAUAUCAAGUCACAUACAAGCAUAUUGAGGGCUGGGUGGAAUAUUGGAUGAAUGGGUAUUGAAUUUCAACCACGAAGCCCCUAUCUUCGUCGGUUUGACAGGUGUUCGAAGGGGUGGUGGUAACUUGGGGGCAAUCACGGGAACCUCAUUU